UGUUUUGGAUAUGGCUCCUUGCUCCUUGCUCCUUGCUCCUUGCUCCUUGCUCUAUUUCACAACAAACCCUCCAUGAUGAACUAAGGGGGAUGGGAAGCUCCUUCAGUAGUGGCGUAUCAAGAACAAACUUAAAAUCAAAUGGAAUACACUGGCAAGGCAACGUCAGCACACCAUCGGGGACGAACAACAGAUCACAGGGUAUUGAGUGGCAACGCCACAUAAGAUACUACAGCUACGCUAGCACAGGAAAUUUGGACUUAGACAUAUCCGAUCUUCAAAAACACAUCAAUCAAGACAGAUUCGAAAUGCUGUACCUCUACAAAACUCCACUCAGCGAAUACCAAUGGACAAACACUAUAUUCUUCCAUGUUUACGUGAUAUUUUAUACAAAUACCCCGGAAGGUGGGUUCUGGUGGUCUCUGGAGAAAACAGGACAAUCCCUCAUCCUACAGAUGAGUAGAGAUAUCGAGGAUGUAAAAGAUAGGCUGGAGGGAGGGAGGCGAGUCAGUGAAGGCAGCUCUUGGUACUGGGAACCGCAGUUUAUUAUUCGUGAUUCGUCGUGGGAGACAUUUGAAACUUUGUACAAGUUCAUUAUAGUGGACAAAGAUCAGCUGAACAUCAGAUAUAACUUUGCAGAGGAAAACUGUAAGAACUUUGCGAAGAUAGUGUUUGAUAGGAUUGCAACGAAUAAAAACUGGAACUACAUAAUCUGAUGAUCGUUUCUUACUUCAACAAACAGUGCAACUUCACACAAAUCGAUAAUUUCUCAAAAGAUAUAUCUUGCAGUGUGUUUUGGUCCG